GUCCCUACGUUUUGAACUCUAACCUCUGCCCCCAACAUGGAGGACUCAGGCAUGUCGUCGGCGGAGGAGAUUAAGCGUAGAGUCGCCCAAUAUCUCCGCGGAGAGGUGUCCUUUCAGGAGUUCGACGCGUUCAGACAAGAGAGGGGGAUCCAGUCGUUCGCGCAAAUAGCCCCACAGCCGGGCACAAGCACAGGGGGGCUGACAGGAGGCGGUCGAACCGCGGCGGUGGGGGAGGGGGGCGGUGCCGCCGGACCUUCCUACAGCGACGAUUCAGACGACGACGAUUACUUCGACAACGACAACUUCGAUCCAACCAAGAGAGGAGACGACAGUGAAGAAGACGACGAUGGGAACGAUGAAGAAAUGGAGGGCGUGGAAGAAGAAGGGAGUUCUACAACUCCUGCGGACACCUCACUCACAGCCAAAUACCUAGAAGGGAAACUCUCCUUCUCCGAGUUCGCAGAACUGAUGGAGAAAGAAGAAGAUGACGGGAAAGAGACGGCUGUGCCCGCGGUCUCCGCACAACCCAGUAAGAAAGGCGUGGACAUCUCUGAAGCCUUCAGCGUGGAGCUGGCUCUGGAACAGGAGGAGAGGAAAGGGAGAAAACGGCCCAAGAGGAGGAGAAUUAACGAGGUGCCCAAGCCGCUGCGUGGGCUGAUGGGAGAGGCCAACCUCAGGUUUGCACGAGGGAAGUAUGAUGAUGCUAUCAAGAUGUGUAUGGAGGUUAUCAGACAGGCUCCCCACUGCUACGAGCCGUUCCAGACGGCAGCCAUGGUGUAUGAGGAGAAAGGGGACAUGGAGAGGUCGCUGCAGUUUGCUCUGAUCGCCGCACACCUUAACCCUCAAGACCCCGAGGAGUGGGUCAAGCUAGCCGAGGUGUCACUCGAACAGAACAACAUCAGCCAGGCCAUUACAUGUUACAAGAAAGCCCUGAGAUAUGACCCCAACAACAUUGGUAUCCUUUGGGAGCAGGCCAACUUGUAUGAACAGACGCAGGAACCCAGGAAGGCUCUGGAGGGGUAUCAGCAGAUACUCAAGCUGCUCCCAGAGAAGGAGGGUAACAAGUACAUGGAUCUGAUGAGAGACAUGUCCAAAACCUACCAUGGCACUGGGGAGACAGAGACAGCCGUAGAAACCAUGCAGGCAGCUUUUACCAAACAUCCUACCCUAGUGACAUUUGAGGAUGUGAACAUGCUGACUGAGCUGUACAUCGCCAUGAAGCAGUACCGACAAGUGUUGGAAGCCAUGUCCAGCUACUGCAGUGUGCAGCUGUCGUGGCAAGGGGGCGUUACUGACACCAUGGCUGCACUGGACAUGCUCGGCAUGCCUGAUACAGGGAAACAGGAAACCCAGGUGCUGCAUUGCACCAUCCCCCCUGAGACUCCCAUAGACUUGACCAUCAAGCUGGCGGUCAGCCUGGUGCACCUGCGGUACCUGGGGGCAGCCAGACCACUGGUGGACAUGCUGCUACAGGAGAGUGCUGAGGACAUGGGAGAUCUCUACCUGGACAUAGCCGAGGCUUAUGUCGACAUUGGUGAGUAUGACAGUGCUCGUCCUAUCCUGGCCAUGCUGGUCAACACAGAAAGGUACAACCUGGCUGCUGUCUGGCUCAGAUAUGCAGAGUGCCUCAAUGCUCUUGGAAAGACAGAGCAUGCUGUGCAGAGCUAUGCUAAGGUAGUGGAGAUGGCCCCUGCUCACCUGGGAGCCAGACUGUCCCUGUCAGCUCUGCAGCAGCAGCUGGGCAGACCUGAGGAGGCACUACAGGCUCUGUCAGAAGGUGCUCCAGCUGCCACAUCUACAGCUGUAGAGACAGCUGCCCAGGUGUCCAGCCAGCCUGGUCCUGAUGUGCAGCUGCUUCACCACAAAAGCACACUUCUGUACUCACAGGGGAGAGUGGAGGAUUUUGUGGACUCGGCUCUGCUCAUGUUGUCCAAGUAUUUUGAGGACUCGUAUCGACAGCAGAACCUGCAGCUGGUGGUGAACAAGGAGACAUCCCGCCGGCGGAAGUACUAUCUGAGGGCCAUGCAGGAGAGUAGUGGACAGGGCAGGGCUGGUGUGGAUGUGAGUGGUAAGCUGAGUUCCAUCAGUAAGCUGGAGUGGUGGGACCUGUUCUGUAAGACCAGUAAGAGUCUGGUCAAGCUGGGGAGGAGGGAAGAGGUGGAACAUCUCACCAUGGCUGCUCUAGCCUCGCCACAGUUUGAGAGGGAUCCUGGUAAACUGAAGGACAUUAAGUACAUGGUGCUGAGCGCAUGCUGUCUGAAUAAAAACUACCGCAUGGCGUACGUGCUUAUCCGACCAAUGAUCAUGGAGAACACCGAGGUGAACCAGCUGUGGAACAUCUUUAGUCGGAUCACCACCAGCAGUGAAGACGCCAGGCACCACCGCUUCUGUCUUAGACUCAUGAUUAAGAAUCCACACAACAUUGCCCUCUCCUUCCUGAACGGCCACAACUCAUUGAUAUCGGGAACCUACAAGCAUGCCCUGGGGGAGUAUGUGCGCACCUAUCGCCUGGACCCCAGCAACCCCCUCUCCCUCCUGCUGAUUGGGUUAACGUUCUUCCACAUGGCUUCUCAGAAGUACACCAUCAAGCGGCACUUUGUCCUUGUGCAGGGAAUGUCUUUUCUAAAUGAAUACCUGAUUAAGCGAGGGGAAACACAGGAGGCAUACUACAAUCUAGGGAGAGCUCUUCACCAACUAGGACUAGAGCACCUGGCUAUCCACUAUUACCAAAAGGCCCUACAUCUGGCUCCCCCUGAUGUUGGAGACUCCAAGUUUUCUCACCUCCUGGACUUGCGGAGAGAAAUAGCUUACAACCUGGCUCUGAUCUACAGCAGCAGUGGAUCCAAGAACCUGGCUAAGAUGCUGCUGGACCAGUACUGCGUUGUGUAGUGGAUGAAACUU